AUGGGCGACCGCACGGUCCACGUCGGCAAUCUCGAGACGUUCGUGAACGAGAGCACGCUCUACCUGCUCUUCUCCCAGUUCGGCACUGUCACCAACGUUCGCCUCGCUGGUGACCCUAAGAUGCAGACGCGGUACGCGUUUGUGGAGUUCAAUGAUUCCGUUAUGGCGCACGCAGCGUGCUUGCUGGACGGGCUACAGGUCGGCUCGCGCAAUCUCCGUGUCUCGCUCUCCAAGCCAUACGCCGGGAAAGGAGCGGCGUCAGCAGCCGUGCAGAACCCCUUAGCUGCGCUGAUGGGCGGCGCGGGACUGGCAGCGACACCCGCCGUGAGCGCUGCGCCUCGGAAGCGGUCCACCGUGGAGGAUCAGGAGCGCAUUUCGCGGACCAUCCACGUCCGCAAUGUCGACAUCCAGAUCACGGAGGCGAUGCUGGUGGAGUAUUUCGGCGUGUGCGGGACCGUGACGGCCGCGCGCACGGCGGGCACGAACAACCCCCGUACGGCGUGGAUCGAGUUCGCCGCGCAGCAGUCCGCGCUCGCCGCGCUCUCGUUGGACGGCCAAGUCCUUGCCGGGCAGACCUUGAGAAUCUCCCCCAGCAAGUCCGCCAUUCAGACCAACGCGCUCUCGCAGCGCAACGCGCCGGCGCCGGCGCUGCCGACCAUGACGCCCGCCAUGAUGAUGGCCGCCGUCGCCGCGCCGCAGAACAUCGUCAAAGUGCAGGGCAUCCCCGCUAAGCAUCACCCCCCUCCAAGCAUCGCCCCCCUCCCCGCACUUCUCCGCUCCGCGCCUCACCUGCUCUCUACUCCCGCCCCUUGCGUCCCGACGCCCAUCUUUCCCGCCCGACCCUCCCUCCCGCCCUCCCUCCCGCUCUACCCUCCCACCCUACUCUCCCCGCCCUGCCCUUCUCGCCCCUCCCGAAGCCCACCCACCCCGUGGUUCCCCCGUUGCGUGUGCGUGCUGCCGUGUGCCGCCCAGGCCUCGGAAGCGGACGUGCGCACUCUCGUGGAGGCUCGCUGCGGCCACGUGCGCUCGAUCAUCAUUGUGCCCGUGCCAGGCCCGCCGCCUGAGGAGCCGGGCAAGGAGAAGGGCGAGGGCGAGGAAGGGGGCGACGGCGAAGAGGGUUACAAGGGGCCGACGAAAAUGGCGACGGUGGAGGUGGAGGAUGCAGAGGCGGUGGCGAAGGCGCUUGAGCUGAACGGCACCAAGUUCAUGGGCGCUACCAUCUCGUACGUUCUCCCCUGCUGCCCCUCCGCCCCCCGGACUUGCCGUUUUGGCUUUGUUGCUGCUGUGCUGGUUGAGAAGGUUGAACCCCUCCCGCCCGCCCCCGUGCCCGCCCCUUCGUCCAUCCCUCCUGCAGCCUUCGCCAUUCCCGGCCUCGACCCCUCUCUCCUCGACCCCUCCCUUCUCUCCGAUCCCACCUUCCUAGCCGCUGCCACUGCAGCUGGGUCGCACAAGCGCUCGGCGGAUGACACUGAGGGGGGAGAGAAGCGCGCACGCCAUGACUGA